AUGCUAGAUUCUCGGCUGCCCGAACAUCAGCCUCACGCCUCGUCUUCCGAGUCCGCCAACGUGGACGUCUCAGGUGAUGAUCCUACUCAAUUGCGACCAGAUAGUACUGUCCCCAGCACAUCCGUUGUAGCCCUGCACACGACGCACGUAGAUGCACAAAGCAUUCCACUAGUCGUGCCUUUCGAUCCACUUGCUGAUGAGUUCGAUCCACCUACUCCUUACUCUCUCCCCACCCAGUCCAAAACUACGAGUGCAAGUGGUACGGCCGGUACGGGUGUAGCACCUGCCGAUAGUGAUCUCAGAGCGACCGCUGCGGAUGCACCUGCAAAGCUGAAGCGCAAAUCACCCAAGAUGAAAGCGAACAAGUCUAAUGAUGCAUCUAAUUUGUUUGCCAUCGACUGGCUCCCAACGAAUCAAGGGAAAUCACGCGACGAAUUCAGCGCUGCUUGGGCAGCUGUAGAUGCAGAAACCAGGAAGAAAUACGAGGUUCUCAGUGCGACCAAGAAGACUGCUGCAAAGAUGGAGGAGGCUGCAAAAAGAAAGGCUAGUAGAGCGACCAAGGCCACUAAUAAAUCGAAUGCGAACAUCGCAGGUGCCUCUCAAGCGACUUAG